UGCCUGGGGAUGCGAGUCCUGGAGAGCCUUCGGCAGCGGGGCUGGGCUGAGCGGCUCCUCUUCCUCGCUAGGCACGGGGUGAGCCUGACAUCCCAACCUCGUCCUCCUUGGCACGGAGCAGCGGGCGAGAGUGGCACUGCGUGAGCUCCACAUCCGAGGGUGAACCAAUGGCCUUUGUUUGAUCUUGGCUUCAGGAUCACAGCUCCAGCCCUAGACCCGUGUGGAGGGAGCUGCCUUUGAGCUGUGGGACAUCGAACCACCACCUCUGGACCCCAUCCCAUCGGUCAUCCAGCAGUGCUGGGAGCAUAGCCACCACACCAGAGAGGAAGAGCCCAGGGAACAGCAGCAGCUGAAGCACCUGGGGCUGAGCAGACUGCUCAGGGAUAAUGGCACUUUCCAACUUGUCCAAUUACUUGGAUGAUGCUGACAACUACAGCGACUACGCCGAUUACGCCUACGAGGAGAGCAGCAGCGUGUGGACAGACCCAUCCCACGACCCCAAGGACGUGGCAAGGAUCCUCUCUGUUGUCAUCUACAGCUUGUCCUGCGUGUUGGGCAUCCUGGGGAACGGCCUGGUCAUCGCCAUCAUCACCCUGAAGAUGAAGAAGUCGGUCAAUGCCGUCUGGUUCCUCAACCUGGCCGUGGCUGACUUCCUCUUCAACAUCUUCCUGCCCAUCAACAUCGCCUACACGGCCAUGCGCUACCACUGGAUCUUCGGCACGGUCAUGUGCAAGCUGAACUCCUUCCUCCUCAUCCUCAACAUGUACACCAGCGUCCUUCUGCUCACCACCAUCAGCUUCGAUCGCUACGUCUCCGUCGUGUUUCCCGUCUGGUCCCAGAACCAUCGCUGCCCCAGCCUGGCCUACCUGGUGUGUCUGAUUAUCUGGACCAUUGGCAUCAUCAUGAGCUGCCCCUCUCUCGUCUUCCGAGACACGGCCCAAGCCCACAACUCCAUCAUCUGCUUCAGCAACUUCUCCCUCUCCAGGAAUAGGUCCUACCAAGCCCUGGCGCUGAUGAGGCACCGGACGGUGAACAUCACCAGGUUCCUGGCUGGGUACAUCCUUCCCAUCACCAUCAUCACCUUCUGCUACGUCGCCAUCGCCUUCAACCUGCGUCGGAACCGCCUGGCCAAGUCCAAGAAGCCCUUCAAGAUCAUCGUCACCAUCAUAGUCACCUUCUUCCUUUGCUGGAGUCCCUACCACCUGCUCAACCUCCUGGAAACAGAGCCCGGCAUGGUCCCGCGCUCCGUGUUUGAGAUCUGCAUCCCCAUCACCACGGCGCUCGCCGCCUCCAACAGCUGCAUGAACCCUGUCCUCUAUGUCUUCAUGGGCCAGGACUUUAAGAAGUUUAAGGUCACUCUCCUCUCCAGACUGGUGAAUGCCCUCAGUGAGGAGACAGGCCACUCCAGCAUCGUGCACAGGAGCUUCUCCAAGAUGUCCUCCAUGACUGAGAAGGAGACAACAGUCCUCUGACUUCAGCCUGGGUACCUGCAGGAGUCCUCUGGUGUUGCUCAUGCCCACCACUAUGAUGGUGACCACCGUUGUGGUGGCCCCUGGCAUUCAGACAAGCGUGGUCCAAUGCUGCCCUAUAACAUGUUCAUUGACUGAUCUUGGUGCCUGGGGGCUGGCAGGUGUGGGACAUGCACGUGGAGAAGACGCAACCACCCUUAAACUUUCUUUGUGAUUGCAAAGGUGGUUGCACCAAACUCUAUCAGAAGACAUUUCAGGGCGUUCCUGUCUAACCUAUGUGUUGCCUGACCUGGCAAGAACCUUUCUGCUGUUGCCAGAGACAGGUUGGAAGAAGGCACCUCCAUGGCAAGCUCUGGUGGGCACCUACCAUGUGUGAUACCUGCUAUGGCCUAACUGGUGAUGCUCUUCCUAUGACCUCUGUAUGACUGUAGCUACUCGUGUUAAAGUCCUAAAGCAUACUGGUACUGGAGGAACGUUCUGGACUGUGUUGUGAGCACUUUGCACCCUUCAGAAGAGGAGGCUGAAGGUCUGAAUAUCCCAACCUCAAUGAGCCAGGAAAUCUUGGGUGUCUGCUCAGUGAUCCAGACCCAGAGAUCCAGGGCCACCUGCCAGGUUGGGGAUUAGGCUCAUACACAAGGUCACUGACAUGGAAAACUGGGUGAAAAUAAGAGGGGAAGGUUGGUUUGAGGUGCCCUGGGCCAAACCCCACUUGGGUGGACAUAUUUCACAUGGUACGUUUUGCACUGUGGUUUGGUGCUUGGAGCCACCAGUCCCAGCAGCUCCUUGCAAAGCACCUGGGUGCCAUUGGGAAACAAGUCCAUAGGCUGUGCUUCUUGGAGUGGCCCUGCUGUCCCCCCCCCUGGAUCCAGGUGCAUCUGGAGACUGUCUCCACUGAUGGCUACUCCCUGGUGUCAUCAGUUGAUCCUAUGGGAAGGUUUUAUGUCUUCCCAGCCAAGCAGCAAGCCCACUGCUGGUGGGAGACUGCUGCCACCACGCACAAGUCUCUGCAGUGCAGAAUCAGCUGAGCCACCUUCUUGAUCCGAUUUCAUGCACAGUUAAUUUGGGAGGUCCUUCACCAUUUGAGCUUCUUGACUGUGACACUGCUGUCAUCCUUACUGAUGUGCUGUUUUCUCCAUGUCACCCAUGGCCACUCACUCCCAGGAAAGCAAAGAAUGGCCAAGUCCUCUCCACCUGCCAGCAGCCACUGGUGCUUUUUGGGGGUCAGGAUUUGGAGCAGCUGAAGAACUGGGGCAAGGAGCAGCUGGAGGAUCUGGACUCACCUUUCUUUGAAGUGAGGUGGGACUGGGGACAUGUGGGAUGGGGAGAACUGAGCAGCCUGCGUCCCUCAAGGGUGCAGCACCAUGCCACUGGCAUUGGAACAGGCUGCAGAGGGAGGUGGUGGAGUCCCUAUCUGUUGAGGUGUUUAUAAAACCAUGUAGGCCUGGCAAUUUGGGCCACAGCUGAGACCAGUGGUUGGACUCAGCCUUAGAGAUCUCAUCCAGAUGAAGCAACUCUUUGAUUCUGUGGCUGCCCCUCAGUCUCCCAGGGUUGUGCUGGUGUGAGGAUGCUCCUCACUGGUUUUUGUGGCUGGCUUUUGCAAGUCCAUCUGUUCUCUCUGCAAACAGCUUUCCCAAAACAGCCCCACUGAGAACUUAACCUUGGGUUAGGACCUGCUGAUGACAGCUUGGGAAACCUGAUAUCUGAGCUCUUCUGUGUAGCUGUUUGUUGAAUAAAGAACCUGGUUUACAUACAAA